GAGGAGAGGAAGAAGGUCCGGGGAGCCGCGUCUUUCUUCCGGUUCCAGUUCCAGCACAGCGCGGCAUCUGCCGCAUAUCUCCUCCCCCUGUCGCCCGCCGCCGCCGCCCCCGUCCGCUUCAGUCCGACGCCGAACAAGGGGAGGGACAAGUCCGUGCGGUGUGCGCCAUGUUUAAGAAGUUCUCUUCAGAAGAUAUAUCUGGACAGAAUCAAGUUAAGGCCUCUGUACAACGAAAGAUUCGGCAAAGUAUCGCUGAUGAGUACCCCAGCCUUGAACCUUUGCUAGAUGACUUGCUCCCAAAGAAGUCACCUAUGAUUGUUGUUAAAUGCCAAAAUCAUCUGAAUCUUGUAGUGGUGAAUAAUGUCCCUCUAUUUUUCAACAUCCGUGAUGGUCCUUACAUGCCAACCCUGCGUCUUCUUCAUCAGUAUCCUAAUAUCAUGAAAAAGUUCCAAGUGGAUAGAGGCGCUAUCAAAUUCGUUCUAUCUGGUGCAAACAUAAUGUGUCCUGGGUUGACAUCACCUGGUGGUGCCUUGGAUGAUGAAGUUGAGGAGGAAACCCCAGUGGCUAUAAUGGCUGAAGGCAAACAACACGCACUGGCAAUUGGUUAUACAAAGAUGUCAGCAAAAGACAUAAGGACCAUCAACAAAGGAAUUGGCGUUGACAAUAUGCACUAUCUAAAUGAUGGCUUGUGGAAGAUGGAACGGCUCGAAUGAGAAGAAUCCUGAGGGGCUCAUAACUUGCGGCAGACGGUAUUGAUGAGAUAUAUAAAAAAACCAGCAGGACUAUCUGCACAGAUGGUGUCGUUUAAAAAGAUGAAGUACUAAGAAGCUUUAUUUACCGGAGACAAGUUGAGUUUACUCCGAUCCUUUGGUGUUGGAAUGCAUGUCAGAAGCAGGAUUAUGAAUGCUGUGUUCAGCGCUUUAGAUUGGCAGUGUGUUGGUGCGCUUUUCACAAGUUGUAGCAUUUUCAGCAAAACAAUUUACCCUCAAAUGGAAGCAAGGGAGGAAAUCUAUAACGACCCGCAAGUAAUUUGAUCUUACAGUUUGUUUUGGGUAACAAA